AUGGCAUUCGGAGCUCCAAGAGGUAGAGGUGGAUCAUCAAGAGGUGGCCGUGGUGGAUUCGGCGGUGCUUCCAGAGGUGGAAGAGGAGGUGCCAGAGGUGGCCGUGGUGGAUUCGGUGGCGCUAGAGGAGGUGCCAGAGGUGGAAGAGGUGGUCCAAGAGGUGGAUCUAGAGGAGGUGCCAGAGGUGGAAGAGGUGGUGCCAGAGGAGGUGCUAAAGGUGGUGCCAAAGUUAUUAUUGAACCACAUAGACAUGCUGGUGUUUUCAUUGCCAGAGGUAAAGAAGAUUUAUUAGUUACCAAGAACAUUGCUCCUGGUGAAUCUGUUUAUGGUGAAAAGAGAAUUUCUGUCGAAGAACCAGCUAAAGAAGAAGGAGCUGCUCCAACCAAGAUUGAAUACCGUGUUUGGAAUCCUUUCAGAUCUAAAUUGGCUGCUGGUAUUAUGGGUGGUAUUGAUGAAUUAGGUAUUGCUCCAGGUAAAAAAGUUUUGUACUUGGGUGCCGCUUCCGGUACUUCUGUUUCCCAUGUUGCUGAUGUUGUUGGUCCAGAAGGUGUUGUCUAUGCUGUUGAAUUCUCUCAUCGUCCAGGUAGAGAAUUGAUUGGUAUGGCUAAAAAGAGACCAAAUGUUAUUCCAAUCAUUGAUGAUGCUAGACACCCACAAAAAUACAGAAUGUUGUUAGGUAUGGUUGAUUGUGUGUUUGCUGAUGUUGCCCAACCAGAUCAAGCCAGAAUUAUUGCUUUGAACUCCCAUUUGUUCUUGAAAGAUGGUGGUUUAGUUGUUAUUUCUAUCAAAGCCAACUGUAUUGAUUCUACUGUUGAUGCUGAAACUGUUUUCGCCAGAGAAGUCCAAAAAUUGAGAGAAGAAAGAAUUAAACCAUUAGAACAAUUGACCUUAGAACCUUAUGAAAGAGACCAUUGUAUUGUUGUCGGUAGAUACAUGAGAAGUGGUAUUAAGAAAUAG